AGAAUCCACCUCAAUACUUUGAAAUCAUUUCGUUACAGAAGUGUAUCUUAUUUUUCUUAGGAUCAUAUCAUAAAUUCUGUGGAUAUAUCUACAUGUUACGGUUGUAUACAUCUAUACACGAUGUUGGUCGUUUCUGGAGGAUAUGAAGGCGGAAUUGUUGGUUUAGAAGUUCCCGAUGAACUCACAGAAUCAGAUACCGAUAAUUAUCCAGUUAGACAGGUCUUUCGUUUGCUCUGUAGCCAGGGUUCCAUAAAAUGUAUGGAUAUAAGUACUGAUUUUAUGGCAUGUGGAGGUGCUGAUGAAACUGUACAAGUAUACAACUUGACAACUAAGAAAAAGCACGGUGAAAUCAUGUUAUCUGAAGGAUAUAUAACUGCCAUAUCUAUUUAUGGGACUAUAAAGAAUGGUUUACUUUUGAUUGGUAAUGAAUAUGGCGAUAUAGCUAUGUAUAAUAGUAGAGAUUUAGACUUUGUAAAACUUUUCAAGGGUCAUAAAGCAGAUAUUACUGGAAUAUCAAUCUAUAAAGAUAGUACAUUGUUUAUAUCCACAAGUUCUGAUGGAUAUUUGAGGCUUUGGGAUCUAAAAUCCCAAUUAUGUAUAUUUAAUACAAAAUUAGAAAUUUCACCUAUCGGAGUUUGUUGGUCCAAUGAUGGUUCUUUCUACCUGGUUUACUCCUCAAAAGAGAUAUAUAAGUGUUCGACAUCUGAUGAUGCCUUCAAGUUGUUUAAAAAUGAUGAGAACAAAUACACACGUUGUUGUUGGCUAGAUGAUAAAAUUAUAGCCUGUACAAAUUCUGGUUAUGUUAUCGUCUAUGAUGAUGACAAAGUUCACAAAUCGCAAUUGCAUCAAGUUCGCAUAAAAGACGUUUCACAGAUUAACGGAAACAUAAUAACUGGGGACUCCAACGGCCAAAUCGUCUGCUCAAAACUCGUACAUGACGGAAAGACUGAAUUUACUACACUGUGGAAACACCAAGUUGGGAUUAGAUUAAAUGUACUUGUAUCUCGAUAAAAACAUCUCCUGGAUGAUGAUUAAAAAUCUUGACUAGUUGGCUUUUUAUGCAGUGGCGAAAGUGCAUUCGACAACGUCGCUAAAAUUAAUCUUUGGUUGUACACAAAUCUACAGUGACUUCCAGUAAGAAUUUUAGACAGUAUAUAUGCACAAAAUGCUGCAGUCUUCGGACCAAGUCUUUGGUUCACUUUGCAGCGUUUGUACAGAAAUGACCUUGUCGGUUUUCGACCAGCUAGAUUAUGAUUUUCAAGAUCUUUGGUAAUCUGACAG